AUGAAAUUACUUCUACCGCUUGUGAUAGCUUUUCUUGCUAUUGGCCAAUUUUUCUGUGAAGAAAUUGGUCCAAAAGAAGAUCUUGAUUAUUGGACAAACGAUCAAAUUACGGUAGGCAUGAUUUAAUGAUUUGACAUAACAAGAAAAUUAUGUUAUUUUUUGUUAGAAUCGUCUAUUAAACGAAUUUUAAAAAUGGACAUGGAUAUUUUUUUUUAUCUAUGAUUGCUUAACUAUUGGAAAAAAAAAAAAUAUUUAUUUAAUGGCACAGCCUUGUGUUUUUUUUACUAAAAUAGUUGGAAGUCAUUUUAACAAAUGUUUAUGACACAUAUUUGUAUGCUGAUGUCUGUUAUAGGUUAAUUUACCUGUUUGGAGAGUUUGGUAAUGCGUAAUUACGCAUGUAUAGAGACAAAGCAUCAACCAUUUCCCCCGCAACACAAAUGUCGGGUGAAAGAUUUGUUAUGAUUCAAUGGGCAUAAAUUAUGAGCUCUUAGCUCAGUGUACAGCGAUCAUUACUUUAGUCCCAGACUGAAGCUUCAUUCACAUGUAGCGCACGUUCUCACUUUGACAUUGCGGGUUGGGCGCCUGCCAAGUCUCUGGGCGACUCUUGGGGCUUAUUUCUCAUAAACAUUCUGCAGGUAGGCCUAUAUGAUCAUUGCCUCGCCCCUGAGGCAAACACAGAGCGUUUUAACAAGGCGGGUGGGCUGUAGUCUUCAAUAAGGAAGGAACCAACGGAACUAGGAUGUCUUGGAUAAGUGAUGGGCACUUUAAUGAGCGCGGGGCCAUUAGCAGCUGUUGGGCCUCUGCUUUUAGACUAAUGUUGACUCUAGAUAUAUGGGCUACCCCGUCAGAUAAAAAUAGGAUCGGAUAUGAAAGUUCACACGGGGUGUCUUUACUGUAAUAUAUUGAUUGCCCUGCGAGAUUAGAUCUAGUGCUAUAAAAAUAUACGAUAUUUUACGCAGAGCUAUAGACUUGUAGGCUAUAAGGGAGUCAGUCUCCCCCGACCUCCUCUUAUACCCUAUGUCUAAUGUUCCGUUCAUUUGAUUUCCUCCCUCGUGCAGGACGAGUGGCUGUCGUCUGACCCGUUCAGAGAGAUACUGCGGAGAAUGACGCGGAAACCGCGGCCUCAUCAGUUCUUUGGCCUGAUGGGGAAACGCUCCUCCGGUAAGACCGUGCUUCCUCGCGCCUCGUCCUGUUCCCAGCCUUCACUCUCUAUAAGACAUUUUCCGUUUAUUGAAAUUAAAUGGAAUUAAAUUGAAUGAUAUGCAUUACAUGUACAUUUACAUUUUUAGUCAUUUAGCAGACGCUCUUAUCCAGAGCGACUUACAGUAAUGCAAUUAAUAAUUACAAACUGUAUGUCAAUAUUUUUACGCACGUUUUUUUCCUAUUCAUAAAAUAAAUUACAUUAUUAUAGGCCUACAUUGAUUGAUGUUUUUCCCCCUUUCUUCCAACAGCAAAUGCACAGAUAACCCGAAAAAGUAAGUGACAAACUCGUAAUUAAUUAAUCUUUUUAAUUCAUUUUGGAGAAGAUUUCCCAAUAAUUGUCCAUGCAUUCCGAAUUAUGAAGCCAUGGUUUAUUCAGUUAUAAUUAGUUUUUCUGACAUGUUACAAAGGGACAAGGACUGGUGAGGCACAAAUGUGUAGGCUAGCCAAGUGCGUGUAGCCUAUCAGACACGGUUAGGGAACAUCUAUUGUGAGCUCAACCCAGGUGAUGAGAGCGUUAUUUGUACAUCAGGUCAGGUGUUACAAGUUAUGAUGUUUGAUGACAUUGACGCCGUGAGUACUGUUCACCUGUACUUCACCAUGUGGGUUGUAGAGGUUCGUGCUAACCAUGCGUGGGAGGGAGAACACACACCAAAUGUUGCCCAGCAGCAAAAUAAGAAAAUGCAUGGGUUGAAUAAUUAUAUUUAUUUUGCAUAAUGGUAAGUAAAAGUCAAACGAAAGAGAGGGAGAGAGAGAGAAAAAAUUGUCAGAUGUUUUAAUUAAAUCACAACCCACACAGCUAACAGGUCGUUUGAGGGAUUUAAGGAGACAGUAGGUGGUCGUCUUAAUUAUGCCUUGAAAAUCCCUAAAUUCCCUCGCUAGGAUACGUUGUCUUAAUUCUGCCUUGAAGACCUCUAUUACCUCGCUAGAAUACAUAGUCUUAAUUCUGCCUUGAAGACCCCUCUAUUUCCUCGAUAGGAUAGUAAUCUUAAUUCUGCCUUCAAGACCCCUUGCUAUGCUUUUGGGGACCCUAAUCAAGAUUUGGUUGGCCCCCCUCUAGACGGGGAAAAUACGUAUUAAAAAAAAUAUAUAUAUAUAUUUCCUGCAAAUCUACACAUUUUCCAAUGGGGUGUAUAGAAAAUGUAGCUGUUUUAAAAUACGUUUUCUGCAGUUCUACCCAUUUUGCCAUGGGGCAGAGAGAAAUUGUUGUAAUUUUAUAACAUAUUUCAUGCAACUCUACUCGUUUUGCCAUGUGGCAGAGAUAAUUGUUUUCAGAUUUAAAGCUAAUUUCCUGUAAUUAUUCACAUUUUGCCACUACAUUUGCCAUGUUAAUGACAUCUUAGUGAGAGUGACUAACAUAAUCCAAAUGUCCCCCCUGGGGUCAGUCGGUAUUCGGCCAUGAUUACUACAACUUUAGAUAGCUGACUAACUUACCAAAUAAAAAAUGGUUAGCUGACAUGGCUAAUUGAGCGACUCAGUGAUGACAUAACAAGAGAAAAAUUGCUGAUGCACAACCAAAUUUCGAAUUUGCACCUUGUGUAUUCUACUAUUCUAACUCUCAACAGUAAAUUGAGACCCCGACUGAGUAAAAAAAUGUGAUGACGUUGAAUCAACAUGGAUUUGCAAAAAGUAGUCCACGAAAGGAAAUUUGUCAACCAACUUUGAACCUAAAUCUAAUGACAUGGUGAUAUAUAUAUAUUUUUUUUCAUGCAGAAUUCACUGUAGUUGACAACUCAACCAAAUGUAAAUCAAUACUAGACGUUGAAAUGACGUCUGUGCACAGUGGGAGAGAGAGGGAUAUCCCACAUCCCCUCUGUUCAGUCAUUUAGGCAUUUCCUAAAUGACUCCCCUUCUCCGUGAAAGGAGGCAGCAAGUGCAGCAUAAAUACAGUGCAUUUGGAAAAUAUUCAGACCCCUUCCCUUUUUCCACAUGUUGUCACUUUACAGCCUUAUUCUAAAAUGGAUUAAAAAUAAUAAUAAGCCUUUUCAAUCUACACACAAUACUUAAUGACAAAGCAAAAACAGUUUUUUUGAAUUUUUGCAAAUGUAUUAAAAAUUUAAAACAGAAAUACCUUGUUUACCUAAGUAUUCAUACCCUUUGCUAUGAGACUCGAAAUUUAGCUCAGGUGCAUCCUGUUUCCAUUGAUCAUCCUUGAGAUGUUUCUACAACUUGAUUGAACUCCACCUGUGGUAAAUUCAAUUGAUUGGACAUGAUUUGGAAAGGCACACACCUGUCUAUGUAAGGUCCUACAGUUAACAGUGCAUGUCAGAACAAAAACCAAGCAUUGAGGUCGAAGGAAUUGUCCAUAGAGCUCCGAAACAGGAUUGUGUCGAGGCACAGAAAUGGGGAAGGGUACCAAAAAAUUUCUGCAACAUUGAAGAUCCCCAAGAACACAGUGGCCUCCAUCAUUCUUAAAUGGAAGAAGUUUGGAACCACCAAGACUCUUCCAAGAGCUGGCCGCCCGGCCAAAUUGAGUAAUCAGGGGAGAAGGGCCUUGGUCAGGGAGGUGACCAAAAACCCGAUGGUCACUCUGACAGAGCUCCAGAGUUCCUCUGUGGCGAUGGGAGCACCUUCCAGAACGACAACCAUCUCUGCAGCACUCCACCAAUCAGACCUUUAUGGUAGAGUGGCCAGACGGAAGCCACUCCUCAGUAAAAGGCACAUGACAGCCCGCUUGGAGUUUGCUGAAACGUACCUAAAGACUCUCAGACCAUAAGAAACAAGAUUCUCUGGUCUGAUGAAACCAAGAUUGAACUCUUUGGCCUGAAUGCCAAGCAUCACGUAAUAUAAAUAAUAAUAUGCCAUUUAGCAGACGCUUUUAUCCAAAGCGACUUACAGUCAUGUGUGCAUACAUCACGUCUGGAGGAAACCUGGCACCAUCCCUACGGUGAAGCAUGGUGGUGGCAGCAGCAUGUUGUGGGGAUGUUUUUCAGCUGCAGGGACUGGGAGACUAGUCAGGAUCGAGGGAAAGAUGAACGGAGCAAAGUACAGAGAGACCCUUGAUGAAAACCUGCUCCAGAGCGCUCAGGACCUCAGACUGGGGCGAAGGUUCACCUUCCAACAGGACAACGACUCUAAGCACACAGCCAAGACAACACAGGAGUGCCUUCAGGACAAGUCUCUGAAUGUCCUUGAGUGGCCCAGCCAGAGCCCGGACUUGAACCCGAUCGUACAUCUCUGGAGAGACCUGAAAAUAGCUGUGCAGCGGCGCUUCCCAUCCAACCUGACAGAGCUUGAGAGGAUCUGCAGAGAAGAAUGGGAGAAAUUCCACAAAUACAGGUGUGCCAAGCUUGUAGCGUCAUACCCAAAAAGACUCGAGGCUGUAAUCACUGCCAAAGGUGCUUCAACAAAGUACUGUGUAAAGGGUCUGAAAUACUUAUGUAAAUGUGAUAUUUCCGUUUAUUAUUUUUUAUAAAUUUGCAAAAAUGUCUCAAAACCUGUUUUUGCUUUGUCAUUAUGGGGUAUUGUGUGUAGAUUGAUGAGGGGAAAAAUCUAUUUAAUCCAUGUUAGAAUAAGGCUGUAAUGUAACAACAUUUGGAAAAAGUCAAGGGGUCUGAAUACUUUCCGAAUGCACUGUAUAUCUGGUAUAGACCAAUGCGUUGCUGGAGCCUUGAUGCAGGCAUGACUGUACAUCACUCAUCAUUAGAGGCAAGGACAGAGAAAGGGAGAGGGGGAGGGUGAUAGAAGGAGCGAGAGAGAGAAAGAGAUAACGAAGGAGAGAGAGGGAUGGAGGAAGAGAGAGAGCGAAGGAGAGAGAUGAGAGAGAGCAAAGGUGAGCGAGAGAGCGGGGCAGAGAAAGGGGGAGAGAGAGCGGGAGAGAGAGAGUGCUUCGAUCAAUGCCCCAAGGACAUUUAGGCGUUAAAUUAGAUUGGUUACGCUGAUGAUGGAAAGAUGGACCCGAGCAUCUCACCCUUACAUUUACACAAACUGUAUAAUAUAAUAUAUACAUUAUACAGUAUACAUAUAAUAUAUAAUAUAUACAUUAUAAUAAAUUACAGUAUAUAACACACAAUGGAGGGGCCAAGCACUUAUGAUGUCCGGAGGGAAAACUGAGAAGAAAUAUUGCAAGUGACUCGUGACUAGACCACCAAUGGAAGUUGCACAGGAUGCCAUCACCCCGUUACGAUCAUCAUCAUUCCCAUAUCUCUAAUGUGUUGACAGAUAGGGUAUGUUGACAGAUAGGGUAUCCCAGGGGUCUCACGCAGAGUUUUAUAACCCCACCACUCCCCCUUCUCCCCCACAUCCUCCCCCGUCUCCUCCAUUCCCUCCACCCUUAUAUUAUAUUCCAUUAGGGUGAUCCACAGAGGUUGACAGAGACGCCCGUCAGUCUGUGACGCGUGUGUCCCCUCAGGACAUGCAUCCUAUCCCCGCCCUCCUAGGAAAAACAAUCUCCAACCACUACCCUUCCUUCCAAAACGUGUGGGUGGGCGCCGCUAUAUCCCUCAGUCACUAGGGCAAGGGGACGGAGUCAAUCCAUCAAUUUGCACAAGACUAGAGAUCUGCCAGAGUAGAAGGAGUGUAGAUAUUGUUCUACACACUCUCCUCUCACCAUUGAGGUUAUACACUAGGCAUUGCAUCACUGACUAAAAUGAUUGGUCACACUUUAUUUGGAUGGUCCAGAUAGAUGAUCUACAGAUGGUCAUACUGUCAACGCCAUACUGUUAUCUGUUGAUAAGCAACUGCUUGGUAAGGUUACAGUUAGGGUUAGAAUAAGGGUAAGGGUUAAGGUUAGGGCUAAGGUUAAGUUUAAGGUUAGGGUGUAAAUAAUAUUGGCAGUAACUGGAAGAACUCACACCUUUUUGUUCUACACACUAGUCACUCUAUCACUCACUGUCUAUAAUUGUAGUGUCAAUGGUAUUGGCUCUCUUCUCUUUCAGGGCAUAAAAUUAACUCCUUUGUUGGACUGAUGGGCAAGAGGAGCCAAGACGAACCA